AUGGCAACACGCGCGAGGCUCCUCCGGGGCGUUGGCAAUGGACGCUGCAGCCACGUCUCGAGUCUCGUGGCCCCAGCGGCCAGCCGCGGCCUUCCCAAGGCCACAGCUCGUCUUGCCUCGGCCUGCCGCUCAUCAGUGCUGCCGCCAACUCGUUGCUUGGGAUCGAGGUCCUUUUCCGGCACUUCAGCGAGUCGUGCCGCGAAGCUGACGACUGAUUCGUACCCUGGCUUGACAAGGGACUCUAGGUUUUCCCAGCUGACUCCCGAGCAUGUGGCCUACUUCAAGCAGCUUAUCGGGCAGGACUCGGCCGUCAUUGACGGCAUCAACGCCGAUGCUGCCGCCGACAUUGAGCCCUUCAAUGAGGACUGGAUGCACAAGUACAAGGGCCAGUGCCGGCUGGUGCUGAAGCCAGGGUCAACCGAGGAAGUCAGCAAGAUCCUCCGGUACUGCAACGAGAAGAUGCUGGCCGUGGUACCGCAGGGCGGCAAUACCGGCCUGGUGGGCGGUUCCAUCCCAGUCUUUGAUGAGAUUGUCAUCAGCAUGGGGAGGAUGAACACCAUCCACUCGUUUGAUGAGAUGAGUGGCUCGCUUGUGCUGGACGCGGGCUGCAUCCUAGAGGUCGCAGAUCAGCAUGUUGCCGAACGGGGCUACAUCUUUCCCCUGGAUCUGGGGGCCAAGGGCUCCUGUCAUGUCGGCGGCAACGUGUCGACGAAUGCCGGGGGCCUGCGGCUGCUGCGGUACGGCAGUCUUCACGGCAGCGUCCUGGGCAUGGAGGCCGUCCUGCCCGAUGGCACCGUCAUGAACGACAUGUGCACCCUGCGCAAGAACAACACGGGCUACGACCUGAAGCAGCUGUUUAUCGGCGCCGAGGGCACGCUGGGGAUAAUCACCAAGCUGGUCGUGCAGUGCGCCCAGCGCUCGCCCGCGGUCAAUGUCGCCCUGUUCGGGAUCGAGUCUUACGAAAAGGCACAGAGGGCAUUCCGCGAGGCCAAGCUGCAGCUGUCGGAGAUUCUCUCGGCCUUUGAGCUCAUGGACGGAACCAGCCAGCGUCUGGUCCAUCAAGUGCGCGGUGGGACGAGGCCGUUGGAAAACGACUACCCCUUUUACUGCCUCAUCGAGACCAGCGGCUCCAACAGCGAGCACGACUACGAGAAGCUUGAGAAGUUCCUGGAAGAUGUCAUGUCGAACGAAGUCAUUGCCGAUGGCGUGGUUGCGCAGGACGCUACUCAGAUCAAGACCCUGUGGAGCUGGCGGGAAGGCAUCACAGAGUGCAUUGGCCACUGGGGUGGGACGUACAAGUAUGACGUUUCGAUCCCGCUGUCGGAAAUGUACUUGAUUGUCCAUGAUGUCAAGGCAAGGCUUUCCGAGGCUGGUCUCCUUGGCGAGACGGAUGACCAUCCCGUUGUGGAUGUUCUUGGGUACGGCCACAUGGGUGACUCCAAUCUCCAUCUCAACAUUGCCGUUAGGCGGUACGACAAGGAGGUUGAAAAGGUGUUGGAGCCCUAUGUCUACGAAUGGAUCGAAAAACGGCAAGGCAGCAUCAGUGCAGAACACGGAUUGGGCCUGGCAAAGAAGAACUAUAUUGGCUACAGCCGUAAUGAGACCAUGAUUGGGCUCAUGAAGCAGAUCAAGACAUUGUAUGAUCCGAAUGGCAUUAUGAACCCAUACAAGUACAUCUAG